AAAUGCACUCGGAGCAUUUUUAUAUAUUUUAGAAUCAGAAUUUAUUGUGAAACUUAUAAAUAUAAAUCAUUUACUUUAGUUGCAAAUAAUUGUAAAAAAGAUGCGUUCUUUAUAUUAUUUUUAAGAGAUUGAUUUUUCUAUUUGAAUUGUUUUGCAAUGCAGAGUAUAAAUGAUAUGAUUCGCUGUAAAAGAAAUGUAUCUGAAAAUCAAAGCUUAUUAGAUUUUUGUACCGAUUUCCGCUGGUUUCUCUAGGCAACGGGAACAAAAUCGCAAAACAAAUCGUCUCGCCGUCAGUUUGCGUCAAACAUUUUUGGUGUCAAUAUUGUUUGUUUAUCCCACCUUUCCGCUGCAAGCUAAAAGCAUCUUCAAAAUGCGCGAGGUACUUUCGAUCCACAUUGGCCAAGGCGGCGUGCAGAUGGGCAACGCCUGCUGGGAGCUUUAUUGCUUGGAGCACGGUAUACAACCGGACGGUAUGUUGCCACCGCAGACUUGUGGUAGCAGCGACGAAGGUUUCCAGACCUUCUUCAGCGAAACGGGCGGCGGGAAAUACGUGCCUAGGGCCGUUUUCCUCGAUCUCGAACCGACGGUGAUAGACGAGGUGCGCACGGGAACGUACAACCAGCUGUUCCAUCCCGAGCAGCUGAUCUCCGGCAAGGAGGACGCCGCCAACAAUUACGCGCGCGGUUUCUACACCCUCGGCAAGGAGCUCAUCGACCUCGUGUUAGAUAGAAUCCGCAAGAUAGCCGACAUGUGCGGCGGCCUGCAAGGCUUCCUCAUCUUUCACGCGUUCGGCGGGGGUACCGGGUCCGGCUUCGCCAGUCUCUUGAUGGAGCGACUGUCCAUGGAUUAUGGCAAGAAAGCAAAACUCGAAUUCGCCAUAUAUCCGUCGCCGCAGAUCUCCACGGCGGUCGUGGAACCGUACAACGCGAUCCUCACCACUCACAACACCAUAGACAACUCGGACUGCGCGUUUCUCGUCGACAACGAGGCGAUCUAUGACAUUUGCCGACGCAAUUUGGAUAUCGAACGACCGACCUACACGAAUCUGAAUCGGCUCAUCGGUCAAAUCGUCUCCUCGAUCACGGCAUCCCUGAGGUUCGACGGUGCUCUAAACAUCGAUCUCACCGAGUUCCAGACGAAUCUCGUGCCCUAUCCCAGGAUACACUUUCCUCUCGUCACCUACGCACCCAUUGUAUCCAGCGAGAAGGCUUAUCACGAGCAGCUCACCGUGAUGGAGCUCACCACGGCCUGCUUCGAGCCGGCUAUGCAGAUGGUCAAGUGUGAUCCGCGAAGAGGAAAGUACAUGGCCUGCUGCCUGCUGUACAGAGGUGACGUGGUGCCAAAGGACGUCAACGCCUCGAUCGCGAUCAUCAAGACCAAGAGGUCGAUACAGUUCGUUGACUGGUGUCCGACGGGUUUCAAGGUAGGAAUCAAUUAUCAACCGCCGACUGUGGUACCGGGCGGUGAUCUGGCGAAGGUGCAAAGAGCCAUGGCCAUGUUGGCGAAUACCACGGCAAUCUCGGAAGCGUGGAGAAGACUGAACAGAAAAUUCGAUCUCAUGUUCAGCAAACGAGCCUUCGUCCAUUGGUACGUCGCCGAAAACAUGGACGAGAGCGAAUUUAACGAAGCUAGAGAAGAUCUGGCCGCGUUAGAGAAAGAUUACCACGAAGUCGCAACGGAUUCUGUGGAUAUCGGUGGCGAAGAAUAUUAAUAAUCGCUUCUGAAAGACUUGCAUGCAUUUUGGUGGGAUAAAUGAACCUUUUUUCCUUUUUUAUUCGAAUGUACCGUUUUUAUAGGACUUUUACAUUGAUUUUUUGUGCUGUCUUAUAUAUUUUAUGCAUUGUUUUUAUUUUAGACUUAAAAGUUUAUGCGCGUCUUUGUGAUAUAAUAAAAAGUUGGAUCAUUCAUACUCUCUGCGUUAUCGAAUUUAUUAAUCAGAGACUUGAAUCGUUAAAGGGGAACUUCUCAGGAGAUAAAUUGGAGAAAGGGACUUUGAGAAAGACGUAAUAGCGUUCGUUGAUAUUAUAGGCUUUUUAUUGUAUAGAACACAGCACGCGGCUGCGCGAAUUAUAUUACAUAUGUAUAAAUUUCCGUCGGCAUCUUUACAUUACGGUCGGAGAAACUCUCGCAUCGCGCACGUAAAACUUUUGUUCUUCUUCGAGUAUGUAUAAGUGUGGUGUAAAAAUCGUGAACGUUUCGUAUUUGUGCAUGUUACGCUGAUACGUGAGAAACUUAAAAUAGAUAUUGCAAAGAAGACGAAAGGAAAGAAACGCGUAUUCUCUCGCGGAUGUAUUAAACUUUGUGAAUAUAAAUGUCGAAUUAAAUAAUCGUUAGUCGUAUAAUUACGAUAAUAAUAAAGGCGAUAGUGUUGCGCAAAUGAUCGAGGCGUGGCCAAGCUGACGACAGAAUAACAUACGACAAUUAAUCACGCUGAUCGGAACGAUAACGAUGAUAGGUUAAUCAUAAACAUUCGUCGUAAUUAUUAUCAAGCAUUACUCUCUCUUACUCUAUCUCUCUUUCUCUCUCGCUCGCUCUAUCGUCGCUUCGUCAGCGACGUGUUUUUUGGACUGGUUCUUAUCGUCAUAUCAUAUUCAAUAGAAUAAUAAUAAUAAUCUAUUGUUAUAUUUUUUUAAUAGAAUCUCGGACACGCCGUUCGCUGGCAGACGCGCGUGAUAUAAUUUGCAUCUUCCUCCUCGUAUCUAUAAAAUUUCUCGGUCUCCCUCUCUCCCUGUAUUCUACCUAUCUCCCUCUUCCGUUUACUUAAGAGGAAAAAGGGGGAAACGCUUUUCUUUUUAUCAUACUUUUUGGAUUGGCAGACUGAGCCUGCCGCUCGCUGGACUAGAGAUUUUCACUACCGCUUUAUUGCGCAUCCGUUAUUAUAGUCGAAAGGAGGACAUUGCUCCUUCGCUUCUCGUUAAAAAUUAAUUCUUUAAAGGGCCAGACACUUCGCCUCUCCCUCCCUCUCCCUUGGCUCGAAAAUCGUUUCUUCCAUCUUCUCUUGAUCGUAGAAAAUUCGUCGUCUUCCUCUCUCGGGCAGACGAAUCGCAAAAUAAUUUUUUACGAUACUUGUCGUGGACAAAACUUCGUUUCGUUCAUAACGGAUCAAAGAGCGCCGUGCGAAUUCGCGUUUACGAAGACCUUCACAGGCGAAUUUUGCCUAGGGCAAUGUCUUUUCGAGAUGAAAUUUUUUACAAACACGCAGUUAACAAAACACUCGAGGCACGAAGCAUUACCUCGAAAAUUAAGCAGAAUUUUUUAUCCGAAGGCUCAACAUGAGUUGCUGAAAAUAAAAAUACGAAAGUAACGUGUUUGUCGGCGGAAUUUGAAACAAAUUUAAAUCUUUUAUCGCUCCAAAUUCCGUCGAAUAGUAUCCAAAACAAGGUUUUACUAUGAAAAUUCGCAACGAUUACAUCAACUUCCAUAUUAAACUUUUUAUAAGAAAAUUGCGCUUAUAGGGUCUGAUUGUCGGAUGUAAUUAAUCAAACGCGAUAUUUGUGCCACGAUCUGUCGAUCUAAUUAAUCUGUCUAACGUUUUAGCGUUGCAGCAAAACGGAUGUCGUUCAAUUAGAUUUAAGCGAACUGUCAUCUUCGGGGCUGCCCGCACGCGAGUUAAGUAUCGCGAAGGGCAGAGAAACAGACGCUUAGGAUCUUUGGUAAAAUCCCGCCUGAAACAUUGGCGGCGAUCAUAAACGUUCAAGCGUUAUCGUUGAAAACGAAAAUGAUCGGCGAAAGAACUAAACAGUUUUGUAUCCCGAGCCCAUCACUUUCUCGUGAUUAAGAUGCAGGACGACAAACAAGAACUUUUCGAUCGUCCUAGAGGACGGCGGAAUGCGCGAAUAAGCUUUCCAAAUGCCCUAGGCGUCGUAGAUUCGGUAAAGUUCGCACUAAAUCACACGGUCCAUUAAAUAAUAAUCAUGCUACGAGAUAAUGACUAUGUUAAUUCACCAAUCAUACUAUAAUCGGCAAAUCGUAAAAAUAAUAGCAAUUGUGGCAAACAAAGCUGCUCGCGAGUAAUUAAAGACAAUUAUAAUGGUCGAAUAACUAAUAAUGUAAUCGAUAAUAACGAUAGUAUUAAUAUUAAUAAUAAAAAUAUAAUAGUAAUAUAAUGAUAAUGAUAAUAAAAUAAUAAUAUUAAAGGUUGGAAGAGUAGUAUGAUAGUAUAGUAAUAGUAAUAGCGAUAGUAGUAGUAAUAGUUCAGAGCGGUACUAGUAAUCGUGGUAAUUGUAGUGACGAUUAUAUCGCUUGUGAAAAUAUCUAGCAUCGAUCUGUCUCUUUUUGUCGAUGACGUAAUCGCAUUCAUUCACGCGUUUCUCUCACUCACAGACUGGCAGACAGCAUAUCGAUAUACAAGCAAACUCAAUCAACUACAGCGAUUUGUCACUCAUUCUCUCAUUCUCUCUCUCUCUCUCUCAUUCGUUCGAAUCCGCGGCGAUUCAUCUCCGUAUUCUCGCCUGAUAAGUAACGGCGGCAGUGAUCGCGAUUUUGAAAGCACUGCUUUCUUUGUGCACGAUGCGAUGGUCCACCUAUUGACAUGUUAAUUGACAGCGACGCGGUAUCAUUGGCACGUCGGGAACUGCUUAAUUUUAAUCCGUAUAAUUUGACGCGAGGCGUCACGUUAACAAAUAAUUAUAUUACUUCCUCGUAUAUUUUACGCGCCUCACGUUUCAUUAAAAAAAAAAA